AGAUGUGAGCGCAGGACAUGCCCACCGUGUGUCUGCUGCUGGCGUGUCUCCGUCACUCCAAAGCAGCGACGACAACUGAUUCCAUCCCCUUCCCCCUACGGAGUACGGAGCGUAGUGAUUUGGCUGCGAUCCCAAUGGAGACCACGCCGCCGCCGCCUUCGCACACUGACGAGAGGCCGUUGGUGCUCCUGGCGCAGCCGCUCUUCCCGGAGUUCGCCGCGGCGCUCGCCGGCCGCUACCGUUUCGCUCUGGCCGCCGACGCCGACGCGGCGGCCGCGGCCGAGGCGCGGGUGCUACUCGUGCCGGGGCUCGCGCGGGUCACGGCCGAGCUCCUGGGCUCGCUCCCGGCGCUGGAGCUCGUGGCGGCAACCUCCGUCGGCGUCGACCACGUGGACCUCGACACGUGCCGCCGCCGCGGGCUCGCCGUGACCAACGCCGGCGCCGCGUUCGCCGCCGACUCGGCCGAUUACGCCGUCGGGCUCCUCGUCGCCGUGCUCCGCAGGGUCGCCGCCGCGGACGCGUUCGUCCGGAGCGGCAGAUGGGCCGCCGAUGGCGACUACCCUCUAACCACCAAGGUGAGCGGCAAGAGAGUGGGGAUCGUGGGGCUGGGCAACAUCGGCGCCCUCGUGGCGCGGCGGCUCGCGGCCUUCGGCUGCGCCAUCUCCUACCACUCCAGAUCCCCCAAACCGGCGGCGCCCUACAAGUUCUUCCCGGCGGUGCUUGACCUCGCUGCCGACAGCGACGUGCUGGUGCUCUCCUGCGCGCUGACGGAGGAGACGAGGCACAUGGUCAACCGGGAGGUGAUGGAGGCGCUGGGCAAGGACGGCGUGCUGGUCAACGUCGGCCGGGGCGGCCUCGUCGACGAGCCGGAGCUCGUCAGGUGCCUCCGUGAGGGCGUCAUCGGCGGCGCCGGCCUCGACGUGUACGAGAACGAGCCGGCCGUGCCGCGGGAGCUGUUCGCCAUGGACAACGUGGUGCUCUCGGACCACAGGGCCGUCAUCACGCCGGAGUCCAUGCGCGGCGCGCUUGAGAUCCUCGUCGCCAACCUCGACGCCUUCUUCUCCGGGAGGCCACUGGUUAGUCCUGUGCAGCUCUGAAUCUCAAUUGAAUCUGCGGUCAGAUGUUGGUUUGCUUGUGAUUCAUGGACUGCACGCUUACUGACGGCCUGAAGAAACUGCAAUCUGCAGAAAUGAUGUGCCUGUUGAUUCAUUUUCAGACGAAAGAUUUUCUUUGUUCCUGUAUUGCAGAAGUUGUUCAUGUAAAACAAUCGAUCUGGUUCAUCCGUUCAUGACCCUGUAAGUCGAAAACUGAGAAAAUACACGCGACAAGGUGAACAUAAAACAUGCUUAAGUUGUGUUGAAAGUUGCUCA